GUCCACCUUAUCCGCAUCCUCUCACUUUGCUAUCAGAUUCCACGCAAGACUCUCUCGAGCAACUUCUUCAGCUGAACCGGGAGAUUCUUUUUUUUUUUUAAUUGAAAAAUUAUUAUUAUUAUUAUUAUUAGAUUUUGCUACUUUGUGUCAAGAUAACGCGACGAAGCAGCCAUUCUGAUAUGGCCAAGGGAGAAGGAGCCGAGCAAUACUCCAACGCCAGUUUAUUGACUAAACCUGGCAACUCCGACCCCAUUUCGCAUCCCAGAAAGCAUGAGCAAAGAAACAGAUUGUCUGUCUGCAACAAGCUCUGCUACGCCAUUGGUGGAGCGCCCUACCAGAUCACUGGAUGUGCCUUAGGCUUCUUUUUGCAACUCUAUCUGCUGGAUGUAGCGCAGCUAGAUCCAUUCUACGCCUCAAUCAUCUUGUUUGUGGGCAGAGCAUGGGAUGCAAUAACGGACCCCACAGUGGGCUUCCUCGUCUCGAGGAGUCCUUGGACACGAAUUGGACGAAUGAUGCCCUGGAUUGUGAUCUCAACUCCUCUCGCUGUGCUCACCUACUUCCUAAUAUGGUAUGUGCCCCCCUUUGAGGACAGCAAAGUCAUCUGGUACCUUUUCUUCUACUGUCUCUUCCAGAGCCUUCAAACUUGCUUCCAUGUGCCAUAUUCCGCCCUCACCAUGUUCAUCAGCUCAGAGCAGAAAGAAAGGGACUCUGCUACAGCUUACAGGAUGACGAUUGAGGUUCUGGGCACUGUGCUCGGUACCGCCAUCCAGGGCCAGAUAGUGGGCAUGGCGAACGCGCCCUGCAUCCCAGGACCGGGUGAAAUUUUGGCGGACAUGAGCAACUCCUCCUCAGGCCUCAACGGCACAGACCACGUCAUCUCCCUGGAACACACGAGAGCCGCCUACAUGAUCGCCUCUGGUGUCAUCAGCUUAAUCUACGUCCUCUGCGCCAUUGUUCUGUUCUUUGGUGUGAGAGAGCAAAAAGAGUCCAGCCGUCCCAAGUCUGAGCCCUUGUCGUUCUUCCAGGGCAUCAAGCUGGUGAUGGGACACGGGCCCUACGCCAAACUGGUCAUGGUCUUCCUCUUUACCUCGUUGGCAUUCAUGCUCCUCGAGGGCAACUUCGCUCUGUUCUGUAGCUACACCCUGGGCUUCCGAAACGACUUCCAGAAUAUUCUGUUGGUGAUCAUGCUCUCGGCCACUCUCACCACCCCGUUCUGGCAGUGGUUCCUCACCAAAUUUGGGAAGAAGACUGCAGUCUACGUUGGCACUUUGUCUGUAGUUCCCUUCAUAAUCCUGGUAGUGUGUGUGAAGAGCAACCUGAUUGUCACCUACAUUGUCUCCUUUGCUGCCGGGGUCAGCGUGGCUGCCGCCUUCCUGCUGCCUUGGUCUAUGCUGCCCGACGUCGUCGACGACUUCCGGGUGCAAAACCACGAAGCAAAUGGACACGAGGCGCUCUUCUACUCCUUCUACGUCUUCUUCACCAAGUUUGCGUCCGGAGUCUCCCUGGGAAUCUCCACUCUCAGUUUAGAUUUUGCCGGCUACAUCUCUCGAGGUUGCUCCCAACCGGCAGAAGUGGACAUCACGCUGAAGGUGCUGGUCUCCGCCGCCCCCAUACUCCUCAUCAUGAUCGGCCUAGCCAUCCUGUACACGUACCCCAUCAACGAGGACAAGAGGCAAAGCAACCGGAAACUGCUCCAGAAGCAAAGGGAUGAGGCAGAUUCCGAAACGGACUCGACGGAACUUUCCAACAUGAUCUAACACUUUUUUUUUUUAACACCGCCGACCAAUUAAGACGAACGCCUGGCAUUUUGCACUGGGCGGGCCCCAGUGUCCUUUGGCCCGUCUUAUCUUACAGACACUGCCUAGUCCAGGCAACGCUCUUGCUGCUGCAACUGCUGCUAUUUCCCUUCAAGAGGCUAAAAAAAACAUGCCAAGCCAACCUGAUAUUUACACGCUAAUUUGCUCGGUCAGGUCUCUUUUGUACUGCCAAAACCCUCUCUUUUUGUUGUGUGACUUUGUUCCUUGAUUGAAAGUGCGCAAAAAGCCAGUUUGCAUCUUUUUUGUAAUCCAGUGACUUGAGCACUGUACUACCAACCUAAACUUGAACAAACAGCAUCUGUGCCUUCGCUCAGUUCAGUAGCAAAAUGAAAACAAGAAACUGACACUUCAUUUGAAGAUCCAUGUUCUUGAGUCACCGGUUGGACUAUACAAUUUUAUUUUAUUUUGCCCUGACAGCCUGAUUGUUCUUAUCUCAAUCCACAGGUAAAUGAUUAACACCUUUCAAGGGCUUGUUUUUGUUUUGAUUUGCUCCAUGUCAUUAAGUAAAACCACUACUAUAGAUCUGCUACUAUUAUUUAUAGAAAAGGCUACUGAGGAAUAGGAAAAACAUCUCCCCUCCCCCCCGACUGAGCGCUGAGCUAAAAGGUGACAACAGUCCGUACUGAAUAUGUGAUCGUGUUAAGUAUUUAUUACUUUUUGAUUUUGCAGUUUGGACAAUAGAUGUGUCUUGCAGUAUUUAAAACCUAUUUAAGGGCGCAAUCGAUAUAAAGUAAAUCAAUGUUCUCAUACAUUUUUUCACGUGUCACCCUCGCUUGUCUGUACGCAUUAAAGAUAGGAUGCACGUAAUUGUGGGGAUACAAAAUAGGAUGAAGGAAACAUGAUUUUCUUUCUCUGUAUAUAUGCGUCUGUAUUGUACGAUUAACUGUUUUGUAAACUUCUUCAUUCAUAUCCAUUGAUAUGGAAUUGUGUACAUACAGCGUCCUAUGUUAUACAUACAGCUACAAUAUGCUCCUGAAACUGAGGUGGCAUUGUGCAAGUUUUAAAAAAAAAUUUUGUCCACUUGGGGGGGGAGAAGGAAAAAAAUAAAGUAAUGAAAUAAUCUGAUAAAGAAUCAUUGUAUCAAUUGUAGAGGAUGCUGUAGGAGUGCUCUGUCUCAACUAACUGUAACCAUUGUACAUCCUGUAAAUAUUGUUUUUGUUCGGUCGUGGAACUGCAGUUGAACUUAACUUCUUUCCCUGUGCAUGACUCUUGCUAGAGGUUGUGUGUGUGUGUGGGAGAGAGGGGGGGGGGGCAUACAGACACAUGCCUUGUGUACAUGCCUCCCAUGUCCAUAUGUAAAUGGUGUACGUAGAGUUGUAAAUACAUUUGAUAUUUGUGGCUGCAAGUGACUUGAUGUACUCUGUACUGAAGUUUAUUUCAGGGGAAAAGAGAUUGAAAACAAUAAAUAGUGCUGGAAAAGUGAA